CGGUGCUCGUCUCAUUUGCAGAGCGCGGAACUUGGAGAAGUUGGCCUUCCAUCCGUAUGCUGGAGAGGAAGAGGCCCUGAGAAGCCUCAGGCUUUCCCUCGUGAUAUAAUCCUAACCCAAUGAGCCUCGACGGGGUGAUGCCACAGCUCACAAGGAACGCAGGAUAUCGAUACAUCUAGUACAAUCAAUAGUUUUGCCCAGUAUCAAAGCCAUGGACUUUGAGACAAUGAAGUCGGAUCCAAGAUUCCUCCGAUGGAUUCACAAGAUCAUGCAUCGCACAGGUCUAGGUUUCCUGAUCCCUGGCUCGAUCGCGGCUCUGGUCGCCUGCUGGAAGACCUGCUCGACACCCUCCCCGGUCUUCGCAGAACAUUCCAAAUAAAUUCGUGCCCCGAUUCUCUGCUUCACGGCCUCGCCCUCGCCAGACGUGACACAUGCAUGGGCCGAGGCGGUCGCCCCGCGGACAUCCUUCUUGCAGCCGACGAGCAACGUGGGCAUGUCCAGGCCACAAUUAUGGACGACCUCCGGAACCCACUUCUCGGCGACGUUGUCCAGCGAGUCGCGAUAGUCGAGCGCGAAGCAGAUCAGGAUGACAUCGGUGUCGGGGUAAGACAGGGGCCGGAGGCGGUCGUAGUCUUCCUGCCCCGCAGUGUCCCAGAGCGCGAGCUCGACCGGCUUCCCAUCGACGGAGAUGUCAGAAACGUAAUUCUCGAAGACCGUCGGAACGUGGAUCGUGGGAAAUCGCCCCUCGGAGAAAACCCUGAGGAGGGAUGUUUUGCCGCAGGCACCGUCGCCGACCACGACGAGUUUGCGGCGGAGGAUGUGGCGGGCGGGGGCUGGCAUAUAUGGGCUUGGUCGGAGUGAGAGCAAGGAGUCGACCCCAGCCCGCAUUUACAUAUAGGCAGCGCUGGCUCAGAGGGCGGUGUGCGGACACAGCCAAGGCGGGGACGUCUGUCAUGGGUCAACUCGAGUCAAUUCAUGCAUGGGCUGUAUCAAUAGAGUCAAUCGGCUCCCCAAACCCCUGCGGUUACAGCUCAUGAAUGGGUGAACAAAGCGGUGAGCUCGGCGGCCUUGAUGACCCCAGACGAGGAACGAUCAUUUGAUUUGCGUGUCAAUCUCGGUAAACAAAUGAGCGGCGUUGAGAUGGCGCGGCCAGCCCACAUCCAUGUGUGAGUUGAAGAAACAGCAAAACUGAUCUUCGACGAAUAUAUGGAUGCGGGAGCUCAUCUGCAUCUGUGUUGGCCUCCCGAAAAUACACAUGGCACCAUGACUGAACUCACACACAUAGCACUUUAUUUUAUCGCGUCUCGGGGCCAUCUAAGCAUGGUCAAACACAAGUUACGUCG